CCGUGAGCAGCUUACAGACGUGCUGAGCGCGCGCCGUGCGGGACUCUUCUGUUGACGGUGGAACAUGGAGCCGGAGCCGGAGCCACGCAGCGGCACGUCCCGCGACCACAGCCCCGCGCGGGGGCUGACGGGACAGAGGGAGGAGCUCAGUGAGGCGGUUGUGUUGAGGGGCAUAUUUAAACUGGGGAAGAAGAGUCAUGAUGUUCUACUGACGAAGACGAGUGUGAACUGGACACACAUCACCCCCGAACACCCCACAGGAGACGUCACUCCAGGUCCCUCAGGUCAGCUGCUGCUCAGAGACGUGUUCGCGGUGAAGGUGAAGAGGCGGCGGUGCGUGGGGCAGCAGUCGGGGGGCGCUGUGCUGGGGCUGGCGCUGUUCUGGGCCCAACGCCACGGCCCACGACUCACCGAAGAGACGCUCCACCUGCACAACGCCUCCACCGAGCACACGCAGCUCUGGUACACCGCCAUCAAGGACCAGCUCAGAGAGUUGGGCGGGCGUCCCAGCUCCCUGAAGGUGCUGAUAAACCCGAGCAGUCACAGGAAGGAGGCGGUGCACGUUUACCGCCAACACGUCGCCCCGCUCUUCAAGAUGGCCGCCGUGCAGACCGACAUCACAGUGACAGAGAAGGAAGGCCACGCCCUCUCGCUGAUGAAGGAGUGCAGGCUGCAGCAGUACGACGGUGUGGUGGUGGUGGGGGGGGACGGCUCGGUGGCGGAGCUGUGCCACGGUCUCGUCCUGCGGGCACAACUGGACACCGGCUCUGCCCUGGAGACGCCCAGCGGAGUCAACCUGCCCCUGGGCAUCAUCCCGGCCGGUUCCACAGACGUCGUGUCCUGCUCGGUUCAUGGAGUGAGAGACCCGGUGACCGCCGCGCUGCACAUCGUCCUGGGUCGGGUGGUGCGUGUGGACAUGUGCAGUUUCUGGACUCUCGGGCGUCUCGUUCGUUUCGGUUUCUGUUCCAUGUUCGGUUUCGGGGGGCGGAGUCUGGCGAGGGCGGAGAAGAGACGCUGGAUGCCGUCGCGCCAGAGGAGGGACUACGCCGUGGUCAAGACCCUCGCCCGCCUCAGAGCGGAGGACUGUGAAGUGUCGUAUGUGGAGGCCCCGACGUCCAGCCCGGAGCACCUGACGCACCUGUCACCCCUGUCGCACCGAACUCAAGACUCUGAUCUGGACUCUCGUCACACGGACGAGGAGGCGGAGUCUUGGACGACCAAUCAAGGCCUUUAUCUGAACAUCACCGUGACGUCGAUCCCAGGACUGAGUCCAGACACACCGAGAGGACUGGCCCCCAACACCAGUCUGUCCAAUGGCAGCGCGGCGCUCGUCGCCGUGGGCAACACGUCCAGGACACAGUUCGUCAAACACCUGAAGAGACUGGGCGCCCCCUCUGGACAGUUGGAUUUCCCGUUCGUCUACGCCCGAGCCGUGACCGCCGUGAAGAUCCGCCCCCGAGCUGUGAUUGGCUCAGAGGAGGAGAGCGAGGAAGAGCCGGUCCAAUCAGAGAGCAGCGCCUUCCCCAUCGUCCAAUCGGAGAGCGGCUCGGACUCCGCCGUCCAAUCACAGAAGGGCACGUUUCCCUGGAACAUCGACGGGGAACUGUUCCACCUGAAACACGAAGUCCUCGUCAGGGUUCAUCCUCGCCUCAUGUGUCUGUUCGGACAGGAAGUGGAACAGGCCGAGUCGUCUGCGUCCUGCGGCUGCAUCUGACGCUCUGAGACCCCGGGGCCCCUGAGACACUCGGCCCCUCACACCCCGGGGCCCCUGAGACACUCGGCCCCUCACACCCCGGGGCCCCUGAGACACUCGGCCCCUCACACCCCCGGGGCCCCUGAGACGCUCGGCCCCUCACACCCCCGGGCCCCUGAGACACUCGGCCCCUCACACCCCGGGGCCCCUGCUCUCCACUGUGCCCUAACUCCCGACAUGCACUGCAUCUGUAACCUGCUGUUCUGUCUCACG